AUGCUGUGUGCAAGCAAGAAAGACAAAGAUCCGAUGAAAGUGGGUCGUUUUGGCCUGGGCUUCAAGUCAGUUUUCCACGUCACAGGUAAACUGGUCGCUUAGUGAACAAGUCAAAAACCUUGGAUAUAUUUUAUUUUUUGUUACGCCAGUUAUCAUUUAUCUUCGCGAAACCAGAUAUUAAUUAACUGUCGGGGCUUUCUGAGUAAAGACGGUUUUUCAUAUAAAUAAAUUUCCACAUGAAGAGACAAGGGACGAAUUAGACGCCGAACAGUUAAGGGAGGUCAAGCGUACCCCUCAAGAUUCCAUUAAUGAAUUGAUUAUUUGAAAAAUGAAUCCGGUAGUCGUUCCCGUAACUAGUGUCAAAUUCAAAUCGGCAUUCCUGCAUGCGUAAUAAGGUGUGAAUAUUUUACAAAAACUUCUCUAUAUCUGGUCAGAUUAAAAAUCUCUGAUUGGUUAAAAUUGAAGACAAUUACAUUAAAUUCUAGGAAACUGAGAUGGUAGAUAUUUAAUUAAGUGCCUCGCGUGUGAAUUGAUGGUUCAUUACACAUGCAAGAAUGCAGAGAUGAACCUGAAAUCUACAACUACCAACGGAUUCAACUUUCGAAUCAUAAAUUCAUUAAUGGAUCUUGGGGGUACGCUUGACCUGGCUUUACUGUAAUAUACCAUAGUAUAGGAGACUGGUUUUGAAAGUCGGCAAACAUCAAAGAUGAAAACAACGGUUCUUCAAUUUAUGUUGGAAGCUCCCUGGCCGUGCACAUUCCUUUGUUAGUUGUUCACAAAUUGGGACUGAAUAAAUUAAUGCGAUGUCUCUGUUGGUCGGUAAGUUCAAAAUGAUAGGAACGCUAUUCAAUGUUGUGCACGGUCAAGUCCAAAAGCUAAUAAAAACAUGUAACAAAGAAGUCUAUCAGGCUUCAUAACCAUUCCACCUUACUAACGGCCUGGUAACCUCUAACUAAACGUUGCUUGGCGUAGCAGAUUAUACAACUAAAUUGUUAGUGGUAAACAAAUUUUUAACAUUGAUAAAAAAAAAACGUUCGCACCGGCUACUUGUAUAAGUAGUGUUUCUUUUUAUUGUUCCAUUUUAACAGCAAUCCUUUAGUUUAACCAGCAGCUUUUCCUUUUCUAACGUCGUGUUGCCUGAAGUGAGGAUUCAUCCCUUUUUUCAUUCUUGUACUGCAUUCUUAAUUGACCACAGAUUUACCAAGCAUAAUGAGCAACUCGCAGCUCGGUGUAAUUGAUCCACACGAAAAAUGCUUUGGAGAAAGGCGUACAGGAUACAGCUGGGACAUAAGAGAUGAUCGUGAUAUCAUGAACGCCAUACCAGACCAGUUUGCUCCUUACAGGGGAGUAUUUAACAGUAAAGAGGACAUUUUCACCACAGGCUCAUACAAUGGCACCCUCUUUCGCUUUCCACUACGCAGUAAAGCCUCCAAGCUGUCACGGACGUUGUAUUCUGCCGAAAAGGUGCGCGCAUUGUUCAGUGGCUUCAUUGCUGACGCUCACUUAGUUCUACUUUUCCUGCAACAUCUUGAAUGCGUUGAGCUCUACGUCCGUGAAGAAUUAGACAGGGAACCCAGUAGGACCUUUCUAGUCAGAAUAUCCGAACAAAGCCUUGAGCUGGUUCAAGAAAAGAGAAAGGAGUUCAGGGGAAAAGUCUCUAGCGGUAAGCUUUCGUCCCACCCAGUUUACGUCACCUAUCCAAUCACGAUUGAGACAAUACAAUAUUACCACGGGCGAGAAACAAUCAAACGCAGCCAUUCGUUCCUUGUAACUAAUUAUUUUUGUGGCGGAGAGGUAUGCUCUGAAUUCCAAACCCUGGCUAAGGAUCUCAGCUACUUACCCUUAGUUGGUGUUGCCAUGGCAUUACCAGCAAGCCCUUGCGAGCCCACCCCAGCGAUUCAAGGUCACGUGUUUUGUAUCCUGCCGUUACCAGUGCAAAAGACAAGCCUGACAGGUUUGCCGGUUCAUGUGAAUGGCUUCUUUGCUUUGAGUCAGAAUAGACGUUAUAUCAAAUCUCCAAACGCGGAACAAGAAGAUCUAAAAAGAGCCGGUCACCCUUUGACUGACAAAUCCUUGAAAUGGAAUCAGUGUCUUGUAGAGGAGGCCAUACCCCAAGCCUAUGCGACGAUGAUUUUAGAAGCCAUCAACGACAAGAGCUUCAAAGUGCAAGCGGCAGCCGUUUACCAGUAAGUGACAUCUGCAAUGUUCGUAUAAUCUUUGAACAUAUAUCCUUAUGAUUCCUUCCAUGCUGCUGAUCAAGCGGCCUAUUCUGACAAUCAACCUUUUUAGCGGGCAAACAUGAUUCAAAAUAACGUCUUAUCAAUGGAAAUAUUAACCAAGUUAAUAACGUAUUUAUUUUUCAUCAGAUAAUGUAAUAAGGGCCUGUAAAGCCUAAUUUCCUUUGAUCGCUUAAACGAAUCGCAGCAAUAUUUCACUGUGCUGCCUCCAAAGAUUACAAACUGGACUUUCCUUUGUCAUUGCUGGUAUCACCAUUGAUAUUUUAUUCAUUAGCUCUGCGAUGUUUCAUUUAUUUUGUCUCAGAGCGUGGCCAGAUCUCAGACUAGUCAAGCAGAAAUGGGAAAGCAUUAUAGAGCCUUUGUUUGAGAUGCUGUCGUACAAGGAAAUUGUCUUCACCGAAGCAAAUUGGGGAAAAUGGGUACCUGUUAAAGAUGCAAUAUUCAACCAGUUAUCUGAAAACGAUCUAAAAGAGCUUCUUCAAAGAGUCUUGCUUGGAGCGAACGUUUCUGUUGUAUCUGUACCCAGUCACGUGUUUGAAGCUAUUAGCUCAUUUUCUUCCUGUACGGAAAUCGAACCCCGCUUCACGCGAAUAGUUUUGAAGGGAGCACCAGCUUGUUAUAGGAGGCUCACAAGGCGUGAGAAGCAACGGCUUCUUCAUUUUUGUUUACAAGACGAUCAGUAUAAAGACCUCUGUGGCCUGGAACUUUUGCCUCUGUCCAAUGGCAAAUUAACCGCCUUUUCACCCUCAUCCCCGAAAAUCUACAUCUGCUCGCCUGAGCAUCCUCAAGAUCUUUUACCUGGUCUGCAAAACCGUUUCUUGGAUCAAACAGUGGAUCACGGCAUCAUUCACAGACUAAAGCACGCAGCCAGACUAGGUAAUUAAGACAGGGAGCAAGUGACACUGCUAAAAUACUAGGGAUUUUAAGCAAGGACUGCGGAUUCGGACUGAAUGGACUGCGGAUGCAGUGACCGAAAGUAUUUUUUCCAGGAAUGCGUCAAUGCCUCCCGCUUAAGAUACCACGACGGCUUUGUGUAAACUCGCUUUUUGAAUUGACGUUAUUACCAUCUUUUUUGCGAUUAUUCCAACUCGUUUACUUUGUCAAAUGUAGUGGAACUCUCCUGAGUUAAAUCCCUAGAAAAAAUUCAAGUUCAGUAAAAAAAAGUUUCGUUAUCGCUUGUUUAAGUCCUCCAUAAAACGUGAAAUUAGGCUUUUUCACAGAGUAGUCGUCUCGUGACGGAAAAGAAAUAUACAAAAAUAGGUAUGAUACACGAUCACAGUUGUUGUGUUGGUAAUUUAACCCAGCUAGCUCUUAACUGUACUUAGCCUGCUAGCAAGCUCUUCGGGGCGUGUACUUCACGAAUACGUAGGAUAUCAUAGCGGGCCGCAAUGAGAAGUGCAUAAGCAUUUAGUUGUAUUUUAUAUGCCUAGUACGCCAGUGUUUGAAACUGAAUUGUAAGACACGUUAUACGCAUUUCAUUCUUUUCAGCCUUCCAAAAUUUUUGGCAAUUUUGGAAGGUUUAUUUUUCGCCCCAAAUUCUGUGUCAGGCACGACACCCAUAUACCCACAUACCACGUAAAAUGCAGCCAAAUACACAAUAAGCAGUUGACGGAAAAGAGUGUAAAUUAUGAGAGAUAAAAUCUCGGCAGAAAAGCUUGAAAACCGUGCACAAGCAAGUCGUUUUUCUUCUGUUUUUACAUUCCUUUCCCCUGGAAGUUCACUGCAUAACUUCAACUUUCAGGAGAGUUCAACUAAAUUUGACAAGUAAGCGUAUUGGAAUAAUCGCAAUAUAGUUUGAAAAAACACGAAUUCAAUUUUUUAAGCUAGGUCUUUACCGUCGUCGUCGAGGCAUCUUUAACUCCUUACUUGAAGUAAUGAGGGCUUGGUAGAAAAGAUGUUACUUCCGGUCACUGUGCAGGACGCUUCCCUAGUCCUUCGCAAAGUCCCUCCUAUUGACUGACCUUACUACGCCUUUUAAUUUAAACAGGAGGGAGCAUAAAUCAUGGUUUGUCGUUUGUGCAAUAUUUGAUCCCCUCACUUACCUGCCUUAAUUCUUCGCACAAUUUUUCUUGUUUGAAAUCUCACGCAAGAAUUCGAGAUAACUCAAAAAAUGAGUGCGAAGCUUUCAAAUGAUAUCGAUUUGUCUUUCUGGUUAAAUUUGUAUAGCCUAGGUUGAUUUUUGUCUCCUAAGACUAGGAGACAAAGGAAAUUGAGAGUCAACCUAGGCGGAAUCAAAUUUAUCCUGAAAUAAUAUUUGAGCUGUAACACUUAAAAGGCUAUGAUAUUUUCUUUCAGUUGAAUAAUAUUUUGUUCCGUAUUGCCUCACAUAAUCUCUCCACUAUUCCUUCAAAUGAAGCUGCCUACCUCGAAGAAUGAUCGUAAUUAAAUAAUCGUGAAUUUUGGCGAUAACAAAAUCUCAUCUUGCUUGCCAUUGAUUGACUUUCGCAGAGUGUACACAGUUACGACUUCUUUCUGAAAACAAUUUGGUAAGUCUUCUUAAGGAAUCCCUGCCUUACGACUGGAGUCAAGGCAAAACUGUUCUGUGGCAUCCAGAUGACCAAAACCACAACCAUCCUCCAAGAGAGUGGAUCAAACUGAUAUGGAGAUACCUUCGCGACCACUUUCCUGCUACAGAGAGACUUCAGCGACUUCAAAACUUCUCCUUAGUUCCAGUCAGUAUGGAACAAGCAACUGUUACUUUGAAGCCACUUACGCAGCCCUCCACAGUAGUGAUUAAAAGCCUGGGUGGGGACGUCAUUGAUGAUGCUUUGAUGCGUGUCUUGACAGCGUUCGGCGGGGAUGUCUUGACUGGUUGUCCUCACUUCGUAAUCGACCACCCCUGUAUUUUGGACACUUACGUACAUCGCCCAAAUGCGCAAGGUAUUUUGGACACCAUUUUGAUCUUAGCCUCCAAGUUCACAGUCGGAAGGUUGUCUGAAGUCUUGAUAAGAGAGGUUUCCACCGAAGGAAAGCGAAGUUUGAGAUCAUUCCUCGCCAGUGUCAAACCAACGCAAGUAGGAAAAAGGGAACACAUUCUCAUGCUCUCUCUCCCCGUUUUUGAGACUUUUUCUAAGAGAUUUGUGUCCAAAGAGGAAGGUCUACCAGCCGCACCUGUUGAAUAUCUUCCCGUCCCGCCUCUAAGGGAACUCAUUGACAUUUCGCAAGACGAUUCUAGGAUUUUAGCUCUUCUUCUAAAAGUCCGGAUUCUUAAACCUAUGGAAUUGCUUUGCGAAAUUAUAUUUCCUGACUUGCAAAGUGGCAAAUAUAAUGGAGGACAGAUUGACAAGUUGAUGCCCUAUGUGCUCAAGCAUUUCGCAAACGUCAUUCGCUCCGAUGUUCACUUCAAGCGGAAUGUACGAGCGCUGCCAUUUCUGCCGCAGCUUCAUCAUAAGCAGCGGGUGAAGGCAUCGGAUGUCUUUGAUCCCAGAAGUUACAAUCUUAGAAGAAUAUUUAUCGCUGAAAAUGUUUUUCCCAUUGGCCAGUUGUACAACGAUGCGACCGUUCUUAAUGCUUUGGAAGAAAUUGGAAUGAAAGAAGAAUCCAACAUCACUGCCGCAGACCUCCUUCAAAGCGCUAGGAAAGUUUCCGGCCUUCCAGACCUGCUAACUGCAAGACAGAAGUCCGAUGCAAUUUUGCAGCAUAUUAAGCUCUAUCCCCAAAAACUGAAGAGCAAAGUUUAUGGACAAGAGUUGGGAUCUUUACUGAUGAGAAUUCAGUGGGUGUCACGGUUGCGCCACAGGCCAUCAACAUUCCCUCCCUCACUGCCAUGGCUGGAAACAUGCGAAGAAGGAGGAAGACAUUUUUUUAAGCCAUGUGAACUAAAGGGCCAUAACGUAAUAAAUCUCAUAGGAAGUGUAAAACCUGUUGUCGACUUUGAACCUUCGAGUGAAAUUGCUGGUUGUUUUGGCUGGGUAGAUAAACCAGAAGUCGUCGACGUCGUUGAGCAUUUGGGAAAUGUAGUCAUGCAUUACACUGAUGAUGAGAAGGCGUAUUACAUGGCGUUGGUGAACGAAGUCUAUUCGUUUCUGAGCAGUUCAGACUAUUAUGAAGUCAGUGGGGCAUUGGAAUCUUCCCAUUUCGAAUGGGUGUGGAAUGGAGACGGCUUUUCUUUUCCUAGCCACGUGAUUGCCAUUAGGCCACCCAUUGACCUUACACCCUACGUUCGCGUUCUUCCCUCGGAGGUUCUAAAACACUCUAAGUUGUUUACACUUUUUGGCAUGAGGACAGAAAGUGAUCCAUCUCUUCUGCUGCAAGUGCUUGGCUUAAUAAAAGUGAAGUAUAGCGGUCGCAGUUCCAGAUUUAGCCCCUGUGAAGUAAGACAUGAUCUCCAUUUAGCAGUUGACAUUUUAAAUGAAUUGGCAUGUGACCAAUUAUCGCCAGAGCUGCAAGAAAAAAUCCUUAUGCCUGUCCGUGUCCAUGACAAUUCUUACGUCCGGCUUGAAGCAGUUGAGCGCUGCAUGUACACUGGAGAAAAAGAAUGGCUGUGCAGUGCUGGCCAAGACGAAGAGCAAAAUUACCAUUACAUACAUUGGAGCGUCCCGAGCAUCACUGCUGAACGUCUAGGUGUACCAUCUCUAACACAUCGAAUGUUAGACCCUGAUGAACUCUCCAUAGGAGAAGAGUUUGGACAGGAGGAGAAGCUUACCACUCGAUUGAGUCGACUUCUAGAAGACUACAAAGAUGGACUUGCUGUGCUGAAAGAGCUCGUGCAAAAUGCAGACGAUGCUGGCGCCACUGACGUAAGAUUUCUUUACGAUGAAAGGACCAACGAGGAUGCUAUGACGUUUCUCAUAGACGACGGAAUGAAAAAGUGUCAAGGUCCUGCUUUGUGGGUCUACAACGACGCGACAUUCAAAGAUGAAGACUUUGUUAAUAUCACAAAGCUAAACGAGGCAACGAAAGUGCAUGACACUGAAAAGAUCGGUAAGUUUGGACUUGGCUUCAAUGCAGUGUACAACCUUACAGAUGUGCCGAUGUUUGUAAGUAAGAACUAUUUUGUAAUUCUUGAUCCCAACACAUCGCACCUGAGGACUAUCAUCAAAAACAAAGCAAAGCCUGGUAUCAGGAUUGAUCUCAACAAAGGUGUCAAGAACCUGCAGACAUUUAAAAAUCAGUUUAAACCAUUCAAUGGUGUUUUUGGCUGUGAUUUAACCCUUCGGAAAGAAGACAACUCAUACGAUGGCACGCUGUUCAGAUUUCCUUUGAGGACAAGAGAGCAAGCAGCAGUUAGUGAGAUCAGAGACAAGUGUUACGACGAACACGAAAUGCGGAAACUGUUGAAAAUGUUCCUAGUGAAAGCAAACUCGUUGCUUCUUUUUACACAAAACGUAUUCCGCGUUGGACUGUACUUCUUACCGAAAUCUUCAGACCAGAAUCUACAACCGUUGCUAAUGUUUCAGGUUAAUAAAUCACUCGCCCAAGGAGGAAUACUGAGAGAAUUGUCCUUCCCCAUCAUACUACCAGACACUGCGCAGAAACUGGGAGCAGAGCAGAAGAAGUUGUUGGUGCAGUCUAAUUUUCUGCAAGCAUCAUCCAAGGUUAAAAAGAACUCCAAGAUUAGGAAAGUCAAACCAAACGAAUUUCCAGAAUCGUCCAUUGCGGUUGAUGUGGAAUGCGUUUUCACUAAGGUUGGUGCUAGUUUCUUUGAGAUAAGCGAGCUUCCUAGUCGAGAAGUUGAAAGAUGGUUAAUCGUGUCCUCAAUGGGGAAUGGAAAGUCACUGAAGUUCGCAAAAAGUGACCCUAGUCUUCUUCCGUCCGGGGGAGUAGCUGUUCAGUUGUUGUUUAAAGAAUUUAACACCUUUAUGCCCAAACCGGAAGAAAAUGGAACAGUUUUCUGCUAUCUUCCACUCCCAAUUCACAGUGGCCUGCCUGUGUUUAUAAAUGGUGCGUUUGCAGUGGAUUCCAAUAGGCGUCGUUUGCAAGGUAAACUUGAAGAUGACAAGACAUGCUAUGGCGAGGAAUGGAAUAAUGUUCUAAUGACUGAUUCCAUAUCUACUGCUUAUUUGUGCCUCCUUGAAGAUCUUAAGAAAAUUCUCCCUGGAGACGGAUCUUAUGUUUUCCAUUCACUGUGGCCAAGGGCGUUUGACGUAAACGAACAUUGCUGGUCUGUUGUAAGGUCAUUCUACAAGCAAAUUGCUGAUGGAGCUCAUGCUCUGUUCUCCAAUGGAAGAAAAUGGGCUGACAUUACUCAAGUGGUUUUUCUCCAUCCAGACCUUCGCGUGGAUCCUGAAAUUGGAGAAGUUUCAUUUGCUGUGUUUCGCAACUUCACAAAAGGAAAUGACCUGGUGAUUGACUUACCACCCGAAGUGUUCCAGUCGUUUGAGUGCUGUGGUUUGCUAAAUGUGAUCAGAAGUAAAACAUACGACAAGUUGCGAUUUUACCGUGAUGUUUUCUUUCCAAACAUAUCAAGAGUUGCUUCUGAUCUGCGGGAUGUUCUUGUGUUACAUGCCUUAAAUCAAAACAGCUUUGAGUUUGAAGACUUAAUAAUGAACAACGCCUGCAUUCCAGUGUCGCCUGGUGGAAGGGUACUCAAGCGGCCGAGUCAGUUAGUUACUCCCGACAAAGAAGCUUCCGUCUUGUUUCUCCCAGGUGAUGGUAGGUUUCCCUUUAGUGAUGUAAGUACAUUUUGUCACCCUCAAGUGCUAGCCAAACUGGAGAAACUUGGGAUGAAGUCAAAUGAUCUACCCUGGGAAGACGUUGCAGAAAGAGCAGAGAGUGUCCAGCACGUUAAUGUAGUUGACAGUAAAGCGGCAGUCAAGCGUGCCAAGGUUUUGCUAAAGUUCAUUAAAAUGAAACUGAAGCGAAAAGCUAAAUGCCCGCCGGAUGCAAUUGUGUCUCGCAUUUGCAAAGCCGAGUUCCUUCCAGUUCUGGAAAAACCAUCGUCAUCCACCCUCCCCUGGAAGAGCGAGGAACAUCGAGGAUUUCAAAGGCUCCUGGCGGCACCAAAGGAUAUCUUUCCUCAGGAUAAGAGGUACCUUGUGUGUUGCACGGAGCUACUUGUCGAUGUGGACGUCCCCAGUAAAGUGGCAGAGUUCCUCAAUUUAAAUGACAAAUACGUUACGACACAGCACGUUGUCAAACAACUUGAAGAAGCUAUUUCUACUGACCUAAAAAAGAUGGAUACUAACGGUUACGAAGAAGUGAGCCGCGUUUGCAAAGAAGCUUACUCUUUUCUACAAGAAAAUUUUGCCAACUGUACCCCCUUUGUCAAGGAUUUUCUAUCUACGAAAAGAUUUAUUCUAGUGGAAAGGCGCUUUCUCCCUGCAAAUCUUGUCGCAUUUGAGGUGAAAACGGACUGUUCCCCGUACCUUACCCAAGUUCCAGAUUAUUUAUCCGAUUCUUUUGGCAAACUCCUGACAUUUUGUGGUGUCAGGAAGCAGUUUGAACCAAACGACUUCAUUUCAUGCCUUCGAGAAAUAAGGGGACAGUUCGGUGAAACCCCACUUGACGAACGAACAUUACAGGUAGUUGUGAACAUGGUGAUUCAACUCGGAGAGACAUCUGAAGAGUCUAAGGAUGACCUGGACAACGAACAAGAGGGCUGUGGUUUAGUUUUUCUUCCUGAUUCCAGACGCAGAAUGUUUGCAGUAGCUGAUCUGUGCUACAAGGAUUGUCCGUGGAUGCCUGAUGAUCCAGAGGAGCUGUUUGUCCAUGAGAAGAUUCCCUGGUCAACCUGUAAGAAACUGGGCGUUAAAACUCGCAGAGAAGGAGCUCUGCAACAUCACGAUGUUGGUUUUCCUUUUGGGCAAAAAGAAGAGCUCACAGAUCGAUUAAAACGGAUUUUGACAGGUUAUCCAGGUGAGAAAGAAAUUUUAAAAGAGCUUCUUCAAAAUGCAGACGACGGACAAGCAACUGAGAUUUGCUUCAUUAUAGAUCCUAGAAACCAUCCUGAAGAGAGGGUGCUCAACGAGAGCUGGAAAGCCCUGCAAGGUCCUGCACUUUGUGUGUACAACAAUAGACCGUUUACCAAUGCAGAUAUUGAGGGAAUUUGUAACCUUGGCAAGGGUACCAAGGGGGGAGAUCCAAACAAGACUGGUCAGUAUGGCUAA